AUGUGCUUAGUUGACGUUUUUACGAAUAAAAUCGACGAAGUCUUUUCCUGGAAACAAAUGGAUUAUGAUUUUAACGGCGUUUUCUAUAGAAAAAAUGAGAACUUCGAAAGGAAACCUGACGUCAUCAACUUCGAAGACGAACUGGAGGACAGGGAGAAAUUUUUCAUUCAAUACAACAAUGUACCCAUUGGUUUCGAGUUCGAUGGCCGAAGAGUUUUUGUCACUGUACCCAGGCGAAGACACGGCAUACCGUCUACAUUAAACUACGUGUACCUCGGAGGUAAAUCACCAUCUCUCCGACCCUACCCUGAUGCGGAGACCACGAAGCAGUUGGUGUCCGUGUACAGACCCAGGAUAGAUGCCUGCAAACGUCUGUGGAUGGUUGACACUGGGUUGCUGGAGGUACCUAAUGACAGAAGACAGAUUCAGAAACCGGCUAUAAUUAUUUAUGAUUUGAAGACGGACAAACAAAUAUUAAGACACGAAUUGAAAGAUUCCGAUCUUGUUAACGAGAGAAGUUCCGGUGGCCUUACAUCAAUCACGGUGGAUGUUUCGAAUUCGUGCGCCGACGCAUACGCGUAUAUUACAGAUUUGGCAACCGCUGGUCUCGUAGUAUUUUCUCUUAAACGGCUGGACACCUGGAGAAUACAGGAUGAUUCGUUUUUGUACGAUGAAAAAUCGCUUAAUUUUACUGUAGCAGGACACACAAUUAAUUGGAGAGACAGCCUGUUUAGUGUUGCCCUAUCCAACAUCAAUGGACGGACGUUAGCUUAUUACCACCCGCUAGUGUCCACGAACGAGUUCGCAAUAGACACAGGGUUCUUGAAGAAUAAUUCCUUUCAAGGAAACUCCAUGCUUAUAGGUAACCGUGGUACUAAUUCCCAAAGCGGCAGUCACGGCUACCACGCAUCUAGCAAAACCAUGUUCUACGCUAACGUCGCGAGAGACGCCAUCUUGUGUUGGAACGUGGAACACAAAAUGGCGCCCGAAAACGUCGGCAUCGCUGCGCAGGAUCAUGAGAAAUUGGUCUAUAUAUCUGAUUUGAAGGUGAUCGGCGACGAAGUGUGGGUGCUAGUCAACCAAAUACCACGGUUCGUCUUCUCUACUUUAAAUACGAAGGAACCGAACUUCUUCAUCUACAGAUCAAAAGUAAACGACUUAGUGCGAGGUACUGUCUGCGAGAAGAAACACGGUCAUCAUCACAAACAUGAUUGGAAGUAG